AACAAAACAAACAACCCGUUUGGCCUGGAUGAAUAAAGCAAAGCAGAGGCUUUGGAAUUAAGUCUCAAUAUGUCCUUCACUGAUGAGCGAGGUGGCUCGAGCACAAACAACAACAGUCCGCUGUAUCCCAGUACUGAUCGUUUCAUGCCGCUUGGAUUCAGCACGCCUCAACACCAAGGAGGAACUUCGACCGAAACACGAAAUUACUACUCCGUACAACCCAAGCACAUGUUACCGAGAUCACGUGUAAUUCACAAGAGCAACCGUUAUGGACAAAACAGGCAUCAGACUCACGAUAGAUCUGGAUUUUCAUCUCACGAAUCAAAUCAUCAUGACGAAGGUGGAAACGGAGCUCUGAACUCUGAAACGGAUCGCGCAAAUUAUAGUCGCAACUGGAAAAGCCAUCAGGGCAGGAAUCAAGGCUAUGGAGGCCAACAACGCCACCGUCAAAAUAAUCAUCACAGACAUGGUAAACCGGGCCCAUAUAAGAAGGAAGACUACUUUCAUCCUUCCAUGCUCGAAGACCCUUGGGAAUACCUGCUCCGGCAAACGACGGAACGGUCGGAACAAAACCAUUCGCGAAACUUUGCGACUGCCGAAAGCGAUGCUGAUGAGGAAGAAAUCACAAAAUGUAGUGGCGAGUAGUAUGGGCGGAUGCAAAGGCGCAUUCUUUCACUAGAGUUCACAUCAUCUCAUGGAACGAAAA